AUGAGUGCUAAGAAGCCAGAGGGCGAGUCCAUUGCCGUACGCGAAUUUAUGCGAAAGUGGAGAGAUUAUGUGGAGGAAGAGAAAGGUGCAUCUAUGCGGAAGAUAGAGGAAAUGCGAAUUCCAGCACGAAAAACCCAGGUUUUGAGAGAGCUUGUGCCGCAAGAUGUGGGUGCAGGCCUCCCAAGGGAGAGCGAUUGUGCGGCCCCAGAGGGCGAGAUUCCAGGAGUAUCCUCCGUGGAGGCGGGGGAGAGUGCGGCGGAAGUUUCCGGGCCUGUUGAAAAAAGCCCUUCAAAUGGGCCCGGGAAUUCCCCAGGGGAGGGAGAAGAUGCAGCCUCGCAGAAAUCGCAGGAAAAAGCAGAUCCGAGGGAGGAGGGAGAGUCUCCAGAGAGAGCUGAAGGCGUAAACUCCCCUGCUGAAGUCUCCGGGGACAGGCUGCAGAAGAGCGGGCAGGUAGAGGCUGCAGAUCCCUCCGCCCUGGGCCCUGCAGAGGAGGGAUCGGUCGUCCUGGAGAAGCCCCGGAGCCAGAGCCGAGGAAAGGCAGGGAAAGAGACUGCAGGCGGAGCUGCUAAGAGGACGAGGAAGAAGAAAAAGGACCCUGCCCCCAAAAGGACGGAGGAGGGCGCGAACUCAGAGCCUCUCCCUCUCCCGAAGGAAAAUGCCCCCGUCGAAAACAAGAGAAAGUCCAAGAAAAGCCCCUCGAAAAAGAAGGAGGCAAAGCCCCCCACGGAAGAAUCAGGCCCAAAGGAGCCUGUUAAGGAAGUAUCCUUCGCAGCAGUGGAGGCACAGAAAGUGGCUUCCCCAGAGAAGGAUGCUUCUCUCCCCGUAGAAGAGAAAGAGAAAGAGAAAGAGAAAGAGAAAAGUCCAUCUGAAAAAGGGAUGUCCCCACUCUGUCUUUUCGAGAAGAUGCACCCACUGAGUGCUCCAACAGGGCAGAACAGCCUGAUCAUCCAGAAUAAGAAGCCCCUGAAGGGAAAGCCCCUGGAGAGGAGGAAUCCCCUCACGGAAAGCGCAAAUCCCCCGGGGAGUAGGACGAAGAGCCUCGAGGCAGGGGAGGAAAGUGCAGGAAAAAAGGUCGAAGUCACUCCCCAGGAAAAACAUUCUCCUGCAGAGAUGCCUUCUCCCCCGAAAGAAGAGCCCGUGCGGGCGGAUACUCCCGUCUCUUCCUCCCAGGAGAUGCGGCCUUCUGUUAUUUCCCCCGUGAGAACUUCCCUGGAGAAGGAGAAAGUCCCGGAGAAAAAGCCCUCGGAGGGAAAGAGAAGCACAGAUGGAAAGAGAAGCACAGAGGGAAAGAGAAGCACAGAGGAGAGGGGGGCUGAGGUAGACAGGCCCGGGAGGAAUAUCCACUUGUCCUCCACCCUUUCUGUUGCGCAUACGGCGGAGGAGAGCAAAAUCGAGGAAAAAGACUCCAGAAUAGAAAAAGAGAAGAGUUUUGAGAGACUCCUCCCCUCAAAGAGCGCGAUCGAUGGGGGGCUGAAGAAAGUCCCAGCACCCGCCCAGGGAGUGGAGAGGAGUGCCCUGGGGAGGCACAGGGACAGGCCCAACAGGUCUUUUGUCGGGCUUAAUUCGGAGGAGCUGAAGGAGAAGACCCUGGAGCUGAACCUGCUGCUGAACAAAAUGAAGAACAAAUCCGCUGCAAAGGAGACCCCGUCAGAGCCUGUCCGCCUGCCCUUGAACGACUCCAGCGAUGACGAGGGGAAAGACCACAGAUUUGACAAGCAGAAGUGGGUGGAUAGUCCGUCCAUGCCAAGAAGACUCCUUCUGCAGAGCGAGGACCAGGCAGAGAAGAUAUUCGGGGUCUCCGUAAACACAAAAGUGAACUUGAAGGAGAUGUUUUCUAAACUCACGAAUAUUCCCCCGGACAGCCCCACGAAGAUGCCGUGA